ACCCUCCUUUCUGUAUGAGACAUGUACAGAAAGGAAAAUGCACACAGAGAGUUGAGCUCACAUUCAGAUGCCCAAGUAUGACCUUCUCUAACAUGUGGAUUUUUCUGUUCGUAUGGACAGCAGUGGCCGUGCUGCCCUGCUUUGGAGCUAUGUCGACAGUUUUAUACCCCAAAAUCAAUGGCUCGGAAACUCUGACCUGCCAGUGCCCAGACAGUUCUUGCCAGACGGUUUAUUGGUACAGAUACCUCGAGAAAAACAACAGUCUUCAGUUCCUCAUGUUUAGCAACAGUGCUGGUAGAGAGGAACACGGAGAGGACAUAAUCAGCACCCGUUUCAAAGGUUCCGUGUCACCUGGAAAGUUGUCGUACAGCCUGCGUAUUUCUGGACUGCAGGAAGAUGAAGCCGGUCUUUAUUCCUGUGUGUUUAGGAAUAAGCUUGACAAGCCUGUUGGAGUUUUCAUUAGACCUAAAGUGAGUCAUCCCACGUCGCCGCCACCGCCGCCAAUGGUCAAGACCAAAAAAACAACUUGUAAAUGUAUAAAUCCCAGUGUCUCUACUAAAGGGUGUAUACAUUUAGUGCUUUGGCCAAGCAUCGGUGCUCUUCUGCUUUUGGCUGUUGCUCUUGCGGGCACACUUUACUAUUACAGUCGUCUACCCAAGAAGUGCAGACAUCGAUUCGCCAAGCCAAAUAAUUUGCGGUAAAAUGAAAGAACAGGCUCUUCAAGUGGUGGUUUUCUACUCUCAAAAGCAAUAUUUUCACCGUGGACCUGCUGAAGUCUCUGAAAACUCCUCAGGGUUUCACUAAAAUCAAAUAUACUGGUUCUACAACAGUGAGCCGUCAAUUAUGAGAUUAGUUUAAAUUUACUCACAGGUCAGCAUUUCGUCGGCAGUUAUUCAACCUUGAUUACAAUCCAUUGGAUUCAUUGUCUGACUUGAAUGAAUUAAAACAAAGCUGAUCCUACCAGCAGAAUUACCCAAAUACUGAAUUUACUCUAACCCUGGAUUUACCCCAAAUAACCUGCAUUUAACCAGAUAUAUUUGUUUAUAGUCUUAAUUGUCUUUUUGUUUUAUGGUAUUGUAAAAGAAUAUUCACAUAUUAACAAAUGCUCAAACCCAGCACAGCAUGCUGAAUAUGUAAUUGAAUGUACAGUUGUCUUAUUGAAAUAUAUUUCAUGUAUGUCCUAAUUCUAUUGUUUGCUUUAAUCUUUAUGUUCAAUAAAUUG